AUGGACAGAGACCUCACGAGAGACUGGCAUGAGAGCCUCGGCACGUUAUUGACCUUUGGGGCGUUGUAUACCGCCGUCCUCACGGCUUUCAUCAUUGAGAGCAUGAAACUGCUUCAAGAAGAUACGGGAGAGACGACUCGAGACAUUCUUCUGGUUGUUUCUCGUCAACUUGCAAACGCAUCAACGCCGGCCUUUGAACACGAGGAGUUCACGCCCGAGGCCUGGGCAGUGAGGGUCAAUUACUGCUUCCUCACGAGUAUAUCGUGUAGCUUGGUUGCUGCACUCGGAGCAGUGCUCGCGCUACAGUGGGUUGGGUCCUAUGACUUUGGCCUCAUUCGGUCGUCAGCGAAAAUGCGCGCAACUCAACGACAACUUCGAUAUAACGGCAUAAAAAAGUGGAAGCUUGCUCAACUAAUAUCCAUCCUUCCACUCCUCAUCUACAUUUCCCUCUUCCUGUUCUUUAUCGGACUGGCCGACUGGCUGUGGCACAUUCAUCGUUCAGUCGCUAGUGUCGUUGUGGCAGGCGUGGUCAUAGGAGGACUAUUCUAUUUAGUCACUCAUAUCAUCAGCAUUUUCGACAUAUCCGCUCCUUUCCGCACACCUAUCUCCCUUUCUGUCUCGUACAUGAUCCAGAAAUUGCAUUGGUGGCUCGUCAAUGUUCUUUCCUGGCUUAAGCAAUAUUUUGGCCUGCAACAACGUCAACGGCAUGACAAAACUUUUAGUCUCCAGCAGUUCAUGAAACAUGAAGUCGGAAAGCUGCAUAGUACCUGGAUCAAAUUUCGCUCAUUGCUUCCUGCACUCCGUAAAGCCAUUACGGCCCCAUCGACUCCACAUUACUUCAAGCAUCGAGAGCGAAAAGAGCUGGAUUUCUCCGCGACGACUCUGCAUAGGGACAGUAUCCUGUGGUUGGCUAAGAAUAUAGACGACAUCCCUUCGUCACGAUCAGCUUUCGUGUCACUGCUCAAAGAGGUUGUACAGGUGCCGUACGUGCAGCUCAUAGGUCGCAGAAUGGAGUCGAAUCUGUGGCCUGCGAUUUUCCAAAACGUAUUUCGGCAGUUUUACGAAAUGGAGGACGUUAUUCCAGAGGUAUUCUCCAAUGCAGCGCUUGAAGAGUUGGAGGCCCUUCUAGAAGCACUUGCGUUGGUUGGAAUACGUGGUACUUCUGAUAAAUAUGAUGGAAACAUUUGGCGUCUGUGUUUUCGACUUCACCAAAGUAACCUUGGUAGAGUCUCCACAUUUUCUGGAUUGGUACUCUGGAAAAUCAAGGAAAUCCACGGACACUCGAGUCUCACCUCGCUACCAUCCAUCGUCAACCAGGAGCCUGAUCUUAUCACCAGUCUCUCAGACUCCUGGGCAUACAUGAUACUUCACUGUAUUUACAAUCAUGGGAAGCCAGAGGAUAACCCAGAGCUCGCUGUACUUCUGACCCCACUUACGCUUCCCGAAUACUAUGGAGAAAAGCAUCAGCUUCUUGGACUCCCUACAAUUUUCAUACUCAUGCGAAUAGUUCUUCGUAUUCAUGGCUAUAACGCAGAUGCCGACGAACCGUGGGAACAAUAUAGAGAGGCGGUAUCCCAUAUUCCCGAGGCCAAAGGCGACUGCGAUACUGUCCAGAUAUGUCACACCGUGAUACUCCUCCAACUACUUUCUCAUGCCCCCAAAUUACAAAACCACCGUAGCGAGGUAUUACACGCUCUGUUACAAGCCCACGACUCUUUAUCGAAGUUUGACGACCUACGUCUACUCAUACUUGGAUUAUUAACACAUAUAGUCAAACCUGCUGACCGAGAGCCAUUAAAGUCUCAACUAAUGACAGCCCUCGCCGUCGUCAUUUGUUGGCCCAAUCCGCCCUCAAGUGAGUUACCAGCCGGACGUUGGGCAGACAUACUUGAAGGGUCCGACCGGAUAUUGAGCCAAUCGGGUGAUUCAAGGUUCAGCCUUAAUCUUCUCGUCUCGUCGCUCUUACGCGCAGCGGAAGUCACUGGAUAUCCAGUUCGCUCUUCCGGACAGGCAACAGGACCCGCUUUGACACACCCUGUGAUACUGGUUCUCGCCUCUUUGGUUCUCCCGGACCGUUAUUCGCUCGGGCCUCUCAAGGAUAUGGAUUUUCCACCAGAGAUUCGCAAAGAUUCAAGCUACCAGGAUCUACUCAAAGCAUGGUGUAGGGGAUAUACAUGUUCUUCGAACAGAGACAUCGAAUCCGAGUGUAUUGUCCUCCUCGAAUCGGCAGAAAUGCUAGAUGCAAUUUGCAUGACUAUGUACGUCAGUCACCAGAGUAAUAAGAUAGCCUACUGGAACGCUCUCUUAACCAAUCAUCUAGAUCGCCUGUUGUCGAACCCCAAGGCCCCUUCCAUUUUGAAAGAAGUUGGAGAUACCCCAGUGUUUCCAGACCGCUUCUUCGAAGCUGGUGGCAUAUCACGGGUGGUUACCAGCCUCCGGGAGCCUUACAAAAAGAGCCAGGAAGACGCUGUGGAGCGGCUGGUUCUUCGGUGCAUACAGCGGGCCACAAGUAUGCCCACGUUUUACAAUAGCCUCAGUUUUGUGGCAGCGUAUAUUGAAGCUGCCACCCUUGUCUACAAAUCCGGACCCUCCUACAAUCUGCUGAUGGAACUCCUCCAGAACAUCCACGAUUCCCAAGAGCCUCCUGAGCGUGGAUUCAGUUCCUUUAUGCAUUCAUUGUUUAAGAAUGUGGAUGAUCAGUUGAAAGCUGAAAUCCAGACACUUAUCAUGGCAUGCAAACGCCAGGAGCUUAUGAGAGACUGGAACGAUAGUCUGAACACGUUACUAAUCUUCGGGGCCCUGUAUACUGCCGUCCUCACGGCAUUCAUCAUCGAGAGCAUGAAGCUACUUCAAGAGGAUAUGGGAGAGUCAACUCGAAAUAUUUUGUUUAUCGUUUCUCACCAGCUUGCGAACGCAUCAACGCCAGCCUUCGAACACGCGGAAUUCACGCCGGAGGCUUGGGCGGUGCGGGUGAACUACUAUUUCUUCACAAGCAUAUCUUGUAGCUUGGUCGCCGCACUGGGAGCAGUCCUCGCCCUGCAAUGGGUUGGAUCCUACGACUUUGGCCUCAUUCGAUCAUCGGCGAAAGUGCACGCCACUCAAAGACAGCUGCGAUACAAUGGAAUAAAGAAGUGGAAGCUUGUUCACCUGAUAUCAGCCCUCCCACUUCUCAUCCACAUCUCCCUCUUCCUAUUCUUUGUGGGACUCGUCGACUGGUUAUGGCACAUUCACCGCCGGGUUGCUUAUGUCGUCGUGACGGGUUUGGUCAUAGAAGGAAUACUCUAUGCGGUGACCCAUAUUAUCAGUAUUUUUGACGUAUCCGCUCCUUUCCGCACUCCCAUCUCCCGGUCCCUUCCCUACAUGAUUAGGAAGGUUCAUUCCUACACUUUCCUCACCGUAUCCCAUCUUUCUGUGUGGAUAGAAGAUAAGGUCCUUCAGCAACUGCAUUCGUCUCGCGAGAGUGUUGACGAAUCGCCGGGUAUACAACGGUUCAUGAAGUAUCAAGCCGUAAAACUACAAAAGUUCUGGCUGAACAUUCGCUCCUUGGUUUAUGCACUACACAAAUUUGUUAUAAACCCGACAGAGGCACGAUCUUUCGAGCAUCGGGAGCGACAAGCCCUUGAUUUGGUUACAACUCUACAAAGAGAUACAAUUCUGUGGCUUGCUAAGAACAUAGAAGACCUCCCUUCAUCACGACCAGCUUUCGUCACACUACUCAAAGAAGCAGUUCGCUUGCCACAUGUACAACUCAUAGAUCCCAGAAUGAAUUUGGCCCCGUGGUCUGCGAUUUUCCAAAACGUAUUUCAGAAGUUCAACGAAAUAGAAGAUGUCACUUUGGAAGCAGUUUCUUCCGAAGAAUUCGCGGAGUUGGAGGCUCUUCUAGAGGCGGCGGCGUUAGUAGGAACAAAUGCGACUCUAGGUGGUGGUGUCUCUGAUCGCAACAUUCGACAUCUUUGCUCUCGACUUCAUGAAUGCGCCUUCGGUAGAGUUUCGACGUUCGCUCAGUUGGUACAGUGGAAAUUUCAGGAAUUCCCGGUAUGGUGGGAUGACACGCCAUUAUCAAAUGUACUCCGCCAAGAACCGGAUUUAAUCCUCAACCUCUCAAAUUCAUGGAUAUACAUGGUACUGUAUCACAUCCACAGCCACGUUGACCGGCUGAAUACACAGGACCUUAUCGAGUUUCUGAGUCCACUCGCAUCUUCAAAACACUAUGAAGGCGAGCAUCGUCUUCUCGAAAUUCCUACAAUUUUCAUUAUCAUGCGGAUUGUGACUUGCAUCCAAGGUUACGAUACGUAUCCCGGCAGUUUAUGGGAACAGUAUAGACAAGCUUCCUCUGUUAUCCUCAGGACCAGAAGCGACAACUCUGAUGUUCUUCAAACAUGUCACAAAGUCAUACUUCUUCAGUUGCUUUCUCAUGCACCUAAUACGCCAGAUAUGCGCGAAGAAGUGUUGAACUCUCUGUUACAAGCCUGGCACCAGUUCCCGAGUUCCGACGACAUACGACCAGUCAUACUCAAACUACUAGUAGACUUGUUUGACCUGGAGGAAAUGUCAUUGAAUACCCAGUUGAUGGGCCUCCUCGCUGCCGUCAUUUCUUGGCCCGAACCAACGUCAACCCUGACACCAGCCAGGCGUUGGGCCGACAUAAUCGAGGGCUGCGAUCAAAUAUUAACCCACGAGCAUGACUCUAGGUUUACCCUCAGUCUUCUUGUCUCGCCAGUCUUACGAGCAGCGAAAGCCGCGGGCUAUUCCGUUCAGUCCCCUAAUGGGAUCACACUGAACUCAUUGGAACAUCCUGUAAUAUUGAUUCUCGCAUCGUUGAUUCUACCUGGCUGCUGUUCGCUCAGCCCUUUGAAGGGGAUGAUCCUGUCGCCGGAGAUUCACGAGGAUCCAAUUCUGCCGGAUCUACUCGACGCUUGGUGUAAUGCAUAUAGACGGCCUUCCGAUGGAGACGUCGAGGCCGAAUGCAUUCUCCUCGUCGAAUCGGCAGAGUUACUCCCCGCAAACCUUUUGACGAGGUAUAUUGAUAGGCAGAGAGAUGAUGGAGCAUAUUGGGAGGUCCUCGUUUCCCAACAUCUGCAACGUCUAUUGUCAAAUCGCAUGGCACCAUAUAUCUUGAAGCAGGUCCGAUACACCUCGAUUUUCCCAGACUGCUUCUUUGAAGCUGGUGGUAUUACAUGGGUGGCCACUCGCCUUCGUGUCCCUAACUAUGUGACCGAACGAGAUGACAUGGUCGAGCUCAUUAUUCAGUGCAUCGAGAAAUCUACAAGCGUAGCCACCUUCCGCAACAGCCUACAUUUGGUGGCCACCUAUAUUGAAGUGACGGCUCCAGUCGAGGCUGCCCCUCUUUCGUACGGUCUCUUUGAGGAAAUCCUCACGGAAAUCCACACUUUUAGAGCUGCAUAUCAAAUUCACCUUCGCCUUCGAUGUAGUCCCUUCAUGUACUCACUGGUCACGAAUGGACUAGAAGACCAGCUCAAAGGCGAGGUAGAGACAAUAAUUGCGGCGUGCAAGCGCAAGUAUCUCCUAUCACCUCCAGUAGACGACAGACUGCGAUUCAUGAGGGAUCCGGAUGAACUCUGCCAUAGAUCGUGGACAUGA